AUAAACCUAAUUUAACGUCAAUUGGAUUUGAUAUUAAAGAUCAAUCUUUUUACUUUAAUAUUGAUGAGAAAAGUGUCAAAGAUACAAAAAAUAAAACAAAAGCUGUUGUUCAAGCAUGUGAUAAAGGUCAA